CGUCCGGGGGAGGCCGCGGCUCUGGUAAUGUUGGCGGGAGCUGAGCGCUCAGUCUCUGCGCCCUGAGCCGACUGCCGUCCAGUGGCUUGCGGCAGCGCUCGCUGCCCCGGGCCGGCGGGAUGAGGGUGGCCGUGGCUGGCUGCUGCCACGGCGAGCUCGACAAGAUCUACGAGACGCUGGCCCUGGCGGAGCGGCGCGGCCCGGGACCGAUAGACCUUCUGCUGUGCUGCGGUGACUUCCAGGCGGUGCGCAACGAGGCCGACUUGCGCUGCAUGGCUGUGCCGCCCAAGUACCGCCACAUGCAGACCUUCUACAGGUAUUACUCUGGAGAGAAAAAUGCCCCAGUUCUCACAAUCUUCAUAGGGGGAAACCAUGAAGCCUCAAACCAUUUGCAAGAGUUACCCUAUGGUGGCUGGGUGGCGCCAAACAUUUAUUAUUUAGGUUUGGCUGGUGUAGUAAAAUACCGAGGCAUAAGGAUUGGUGGAAUCUCUGGUAUCUUUAAAUCUCAUGAUUAUCGAAAAGGUCAUUUUGAGUACCCCCCUUAUAAUCCAGCUACAAUAAGGAGUAUAUAUCAUGUAAGAAAUAUUGAAGUCUACAAAUUAAAACAGCUGAAGCAGCCUAUGGACAUAUUCUUAUCUCAUGAUUGGCCAAGAAGCAUAUAUCAUUAUGGAAAUAAGAAGCAACUUCUCAAGACUAAAUCUUUUUUCCGACAAGAAGUAGAAAAUAAUACAUUAGGAAGUCCUGCUGCCUCAGAGCUUUUAGAGUACUUAAAACCUACUUACUGGUUUUCUGCACACCUUCAUGUCAAGUUUGCAGCUUUUAUGCAGCAUCAGGUCAAGGAUAAAGGACAGACAGCAAAAGCAACCAAAUUUUUAGCCUUGGACAAAUGCUUACCACAUAGAGACUUUCUUCAGGUAAUAGAAAUAGAACAUGAUCCCAGUGCUCCUGAUUACUUAGAGUAUGAUAUUGAAUGGCUCACUAUUCUCAAGGCUACUAAUGAUCUUAUUAAUGUGACUGGGCGCCUGUGGAAUAUGCCUGAGAAUAAUGGCUUGUACACAAGGUGGGAUUAUAGUGCCACGGAAGAAUCUAUGAAUGAAGUACUGGAAAAAAUGAAUCAUGACCUCAAAGUUCCAUGUAACUUUAGUAUGACAGCUGCCUGUUUUGACCCUAGCAAGCCACAGACACAAAUACCAUUGGUUCAUAGGAUUAACCCUCAGACUACUGAAUUUUGUGCGCAACUUGGCAUCACAGACAUUAAUGUCAGGCUUCAGAAGGCCAAAGAAGAAAAUCAUUUGUGUGGUGAAUAUGAAGAGCAGGAUGAUGUGGAGAAUAAUGACUCUGGGGAAGACCCUAGUGAAUAUAAUACAGACACAUCUGCCCUGUCUUCUAUUAAUCCAGAUGAAAUAAUGUUAGAUGAAGAGGAAGAAGAUGAAGAUAGUAUUAUAAGUGCACAUAGUGACACAAAUCCACCGUCUGUAGAACCUUCUUCUGGUCAAGCCUCUGACUUUUCUGCAAGUUUUUCUGAUGUCAGGAUCUUGCCAGGUUCCAUGGUUGUAUCUUCUGAUGAUACAUUGGGUUCCCCGGAUGACAGAGAGAAGCCUGGUGAGACUGUGGAGUUGGGAGGUGGAACGGACCUAACACAGGUGCCAAUGAAGAGGUUAAGUGAUGAACAUGAGCCUGAACAAAGAAAGAAAAUUAAGAGAAGAAAUCAAGCCAUUUACACUGCGGUGGAUGAUGAUGAUGAUGAUGCAGCCUAAGACAAUUUACUUGUCUUAGUGUUUUAUGUAGAUAUGUGAUUUUUUAGUACCUAUUUUUAGAGUUGUAUUUUUGACUCAAGAUUUGUAAUAAUGAAUUACAUAAGAAACGUUUAGUUAGGUAUUGACUUUGUGUUUAGGCCUUUGUAUGUUUCAUAUACAAACAUAUUAAAUAUUUCAUAUAUUUACCUUUGUGUACCUUUUUCUUGAAGAUAUGGAUUAUCCAUUUUCAUUUUUUUAGCAAAUAGUUAUUGAAUAACUACUUUGUGCCAGGCACUCUUCUAAGAUGGGACUAUAAGAAUGAGUAAGACAGGGAUUUUUGCCUUUAAGGAAUUAUUACCAGUGUAAAUAGUUUGGUGUAUAAAAUAUACAUAAUUAUAUUUUGUUUACAGAGUUAAGUCUUUGUAUGUAAUAAUAUAUGUUUUCUUCAUUUAUUUUAAACAUUUUUCCUAGUCUGCUUUUACUGUCUGUCAAAUAUAAUUGAAAUUGUUGAUAAGAUUUUGGAAAAUAAAUUACUUUCUAUACUAAUUACUUUCUAUAAACAUUGGCAAGCAUAAAAUCUUACACUUAAUUGCUGAGAUUAUGUAACUCUUUGACUUUGUAUAUUUUAUUUUAGUUUUAGCUUUAAUUUGAAUGUCUGUCAUUUUUGGGUCAUUUUUAUCAUAGUUCAGUUUAGUAUUACUAGCAGGUUUGAGCACAAAUGCUGCCCUUCAUGCUGCCUGAUGGAUUGCUAGUAUUAAAAUAUUUUAAAGAUCUAUGUGGAAAAACUACACUUCUGUCUUAUCUCUUUUUAAAAUGCGUGUGCUGCCUGAGGAGAUUGUUGCUCUGCAUCAGGAUCAGAAAUAAUGAAAUCCAAAGAUUGUUCUGAGAUCUCAUCAUUACUUAGCAAUCCAAAUCUAAGAACCAAUCCGGGAGAAUGCUGUAACAUUUGACUUAUAUUUUGUCAGCAUUUGAUUUGAAAAAGGUUGAGGAAUUUGGGAUUUUUAUCUUUAUUGCCAUCUAUUCUUUCUUUUUUUUAAAAUAAUCUUUUGGGCCUCCCUGGUGGCGCAGGCGGUUGAGCACCGCAAUGUGAAACUGUCCACAGCCUCUGCAGCGCGGGUUCGAUCCUGUCCGGCUGGUGAGAAUCCCACAUGGUGCAGCAGACCUCUCCUGUCUCGUCCGCUGCUCCCUCAGCAGUGUAUUUCAUCAGUCUGCCUGUUCUGUUCCCCGCUCUGUGUCUGGUGAAUCCUCUCACCCUCCCACACCUCUGGCCUGUACCCCGGUUCUU